UCCUGACCAUCUACGAUGGGGAUGAGGUCAUGUCCCAUAUCCUCGGGCAGUACCUGGGCAAUAGUGGACCUCAGAAGCUCUACUCCUCUAGCCCAGACCUCACCAUCCAGUUCCACUCAGAUCCUGCUGGCCUCAUCUUUGGAAAGGGCCAAGGGUUUGUCAUGAGCUACAUAGAGGUGUCAAGGAAUGACUCCUGCUCAGAUCUGCCUGAGAUUCAGAAUGGCUGGAAAACCACAUCUCACACAGAGCUGGUGAGAGGGGCAAAGAUCACCUACCAAUGUGACCCUGGCUAUGAUAUCGUGGGCAGUGACACCCUUACUUGCCAGUGGGACCUGACGUGGAGCAGUGAUCCACCAUUUUGUGAGAAAAUUAUGUACUGCACCGACCCUGGAGAAGUGGACCAUUCAACUCGUUUGAUUUCGGAUCCUGUGCUCCUUGUUGGAACAACCAUCCAAUACACCUGCAAUGCCGGCUUUGUUCUUGAAGGAAGUUCCCUUCUGACCUGCUACAGCCGAGAGACAGGAACACCCAUCUGGACAUCCCGCCUUCCGCACUGUGUCUCUGAAGAGACUCUUGCAUGUGACAAUCCAGGGCUGCCUGAAAAUGGCUACCAGAUAUUAUACAAGCGGCUCUACCUGCCAGGUGAAUCCCUCACAUUCAUGUGCUAUGAAGGUUUCGAGCUGAUGGGAGAAGUGACUAUCAAAUGCAUUUUGGGUCAGCCUUCCCACUGGAGUGGACCACUACCUGUCUGUAAAGUUAAUCAAGACAGCUUUGAGCACGCUUUAGAAGUAGCAGAAGCGGCAGCAGAGACCUCCCUGGAAGGGGGAAACAUGGCAUUGGCCAUCUUCAUCCCAGUGCUUAUCAUUUCCCUACUGCUGGGUGGGGCCUACAUCUACAUCACCAGGUGUCGAUAUUACUCCAACUUGCGCCUGCCUCUAAUGUACUCUCACCCAUACAGCCAGAUCACAGUGGAGACGGAGUUUGACAACCCAAUUUACGAAACGGGGGAAACAAGAGAAUAUGAAGUUUCAAUAUAAAGACUGUUCUGCUCAAGACGUGACCUUCAAGAUGUGAAUGACAAUAGGACUUCCUCAGUAACUUCAUCCAGAGACCACGCAGCAUUCGAUUGAAACCCUGGCUCUUCCAUUGUCUUUCCUUUAGACUCCUUAUUGAAGAUUUCCUGUUUUCUUCACUGUAUUUAUUAUAUUUAAAUGGAAAUAGGUGUGCGCGGCUAUUUGGGGUGGCUGUCCGGGCCAGGCACUUGGCACAGUUUCAGUCCCAAGGGCAGGUGUGUUUGUAUAUUUGGUCAUUCAGGUUAAAGGGAGGAAGAUGGGCCAUGAUCUGCUGGUGAAAUCUCUCUGGAUGAUGGUACAAAGGAAAAUGGUGCAUUGGCAAGGUUGCUGUGAUGUCCAGACUUAGGGCCACCAGGAGUGAGGCUUUGAAGGUUUGGGGGGAGGGGAGGUGUCUCUAGACAGCUAGAGAUAUUAAAAGCCAGAUGGCUCAGGCUCUAUGGGACCAUGGUUUGGCCCUUGGAGAUGACCCAGGGACUUUGGCCAGUUUGAUCUCAAAUGUGAUGCUGUGCUCUCAUGCUCAUCCUUUAGGUUUUAAUGAUGCUUUGUAGAGGGGUACCAAAUCUUCCCAGUCCCCACUCAAUUCUUGCCACUUCCCUCCGUCCUUUAGAAGAUAUCCAAGCAGCAAAAGCUAUCAUCCUCAUUGUCCAACUUUUUCGGCUUUACUUGCUCAUAUCAUUGGCUGUUUGUGAGGGUAGCUGCUUAUUUUCAAGGUCUCUGAAGUCAGAGAUAUCUUCUCUCUCCAGCUUCAUCCUUGACUCAGGAAACUGGCACAAGAGAGGAUCAGUGACUUCUCUAGGUCUCAGCAGGAAGAAGGGACAGUGGGAAACCUGAACUCAGGCUCACAAGCUGCCUCUGUAUCUUCUUUCCCUGAUGCCCGCUCAGUAAUGACAAAGAGAAGUGUGGUGUUUGUUGUAGCUUCCAGAAAUUAGCAUGCAUUUAUGCAGCAGGGUCUUUCCAUCUCUGCUUGCCUAGGAGCCCUAGGGGAUGCUUAGUUUUCUUUUCUUGUAUUUUGAAAACGGUGUCAGUCUAUGGAUUUCAAUUAGGGGGAAGAUAUCUUGAGCUGAAAGGUUAGCUGAAUUGUGCCUGACCCCUCCCCAGUCCCACCCCUGCCAUGUAUUUCCCACUUUGAUUCUCCUUCCCAAAUAGGGAAUUCAAUCAAUCAACAAACAUUUUUAUAAAGCACUUACUAUGUGCAGGGCACCUAGGUGAUGGAGAAACAACUACAAAGAAUGAAACAAUCCUUGACCUCAACAAACUUGCAUUCCACUGAGGGAGGAUAGACUAGAUCAAUCCAUUAGCAAGUGUUUAAAAAGCAUCUACUAUGUGCCAAACACUGUGAGAAAUGCUAGAGAUACAGAGAUAAAAAUAACAGCCCUUGCCCUCAAGAAGCUUACAGUCUAUCAGGGGAGACAAUAUAUAAAUAGAGAAGUAGGUGCAAGAUAUAUCCAAAGCAGACAGCAAGCAACAUGGAUGGGACGGCAUUGACCAGAAGGAGCUUCCCCAACCAGAUUUUUGAAAAGCACAUUCAGAGGUCUAAAGCUGCAGUCCUCAUUUCUCUGAAAGCCUAAGAGGAGGUGGGGCAGGGAGUUACAAAGAGAGGACAAUAAAGGACAGAACUGAAGCCAGCUAUAUGCCUUUCCCUUAAGGGCAUUAUAGUGUAUGAGGCAGGGGAUGAAACCUUGAUCAACCACCAGAGACUCUAGUGAGACUGAGAAUGUAAAGUGGUGAAAGCAACCAGCUGAGUGUCUCCCAGGUAAGACAUGGAAAUCUCCUGGUAGAUAUUGAUCUACUAUAGUUUAAGGACCCCAUCAGUCAAAGUGACAAUGAAUCCACCUACCAUCUCUCUGAAUUUUCUCCUUUUUUCUUCUCAAUGCUUCUUAUGUUGAUCACUGACAUAGUGUCAUCUACCUGCAUUGUCCUCCUCUCCCCUUUUGUAUCUCAGGGUAAUGGGAAGAAUGCAGAAAGAAACAUGGCUUAGUGUGCAGGGGAGACCUGGAGUGAAGAGAAGAAAGGCAUCUCUCUAGGACUUCAAUCAAGCUGGCAGUAUUCACUGCUCUGAGCAACAGUUGAGAGAAGGGAAGAAACUUCAGAACACAGAGAUUAGGUAGUCAUCUUCUGGCAAUCAGGGCAGCCACAAAUCCCCUUUGGCCACAUAGUACCAGGGCCUUUUCACUGUUCCCCCAAUCCAAACACAGCAGAUGGCUAUAUGUGAUAGAAACCAGGCCAAUGUGGAACUUCUUCCCCUCUGGGGAUGUCAUUCAA